AAGGAGAUGCGUCUAAAAAAGCUUCGUGAAGCUAGCACUGCAACUCUCUUUUCAGCCAAUGUUGCUCAUACUGAAACAUCCUCUCAAAGCUCUAACUCUGAAACUUCUGCACUGACUGAAUCCUCUUCUGCGAACAUGGCGCAAUUCAAUAACCCUAAUCAGUCAAAUUCUUAUAGAGGACGAGGUCGUGGUGGAUCAAACAGAGGUAGAGGAGGCAGAUUUGGAGGCCGCAACUCAGUAUUUUGUCAGGUAUGUGGAAAACCUGGACAUCAUGCCUUGAUCUGCUAUCACCGGUAUAAUCCAAACUUUACCACUCCAAACCAAAAUCCUACCUAUACCCCUUCUUCCUCUGUAACCUCAAAUCAGUCACCCUACUAUCAGUUUCAACCUCACUUCAACUAUCCUUCUCCCUAUACUCCCAGACAGAAUACACCUCAACCCUACACCUCUUCAUCGCAUCCUGGCCAAUUUUUCAAUCCACAACCUACAACUCCAGAAAAUGCUAAUUGGGAUCAACACUCUGUCAGACCUCUGCCUUCUGCAGCACUUGCAAGCACCAGCUCUAUUCUUGGACCAGCACCAUCUCCUCAACAAUGGUUCCCAGAUUCAGGAGCAACUCAUCACAUAACUGCUGAUCCUCUCAACUUCCAACACAGUGAACCACUUGCUUCAACUGACAAACUCUUUAUGGGUAAUGGUCAAGGUUUCUAAACAGGUUCUUUUACAUGGAAUUCUUGGUGCUGAUGGUUUGUACAAGUUCCAGUCUAUAUCACCUCUUGGAUCAUAUCAAUUCAAGUCUGCCAGUCAGCCUACUUCUAUAGUGUCAACACCCAAUAAACACUUGUAUCCCAUGUCCUUUGUUUCCACUUGUAAUAAGUCUGACUCAUGUAAUGCAUCAGUUUCUUGUAAUGUUUGGCACUUAAGAUUAGGCCAUCCACAUUUUGAAGCACUGAAAUCUGUACUCAAAAAUUGUAAUGUGCCUUCAAUAAAUAAAAGUGAUCUUUCUUUCU